AAAACCCUGGUUUUGUUUGGUCUUCGCCGUUUGCCCAGAAACAAAAAACAAGUCCAACUUCAACACUUAGUUUUUGAAGGUGAACUCAACUCAACACUUGUUUGUUACACUCAUUCAAUGUCGGCGUCUGAGAUUCUUCGUGAACUGGACUCUUUGAAGGAUGCCAAGACCAAAAUCGACCACAAAAUCUCUCUGCUUGAAGCUCAACUGAGGGAUAUCAAUCUCCAAAACGACGCCGCAACAACCAAUGGCUCUUCAUCGUACCCCACAAAUGGAUUGGCCCCUCACAUGAUCCACAGAUACAGUCGUCACCUUGUGCUCCCUUCAUUUGGGGUUCAAGGGCAAUCAAAUCUGUUGAAGUCAUCAAUUUUAGUUGUGGGAGCUGGAGGAUUGGGUGCUCCUGCUUUGUUAUACUUUGCAGCUUGUGGUGUUGGCCGCUUGGGUAUUGUUGAUCAUGACCGGGUUGAGCUGAGCAAUAUGCAUAGGCAGAUUAUCCAUACAGAAGCAUAUGUUGGUCAGCCGAAAGUGAAAUCUGCUGGUGCUGCUUGUCGCUCGAUAAACUCCACUAUUCAAGUUGUGGAACAUGAAGAAGCUUUGCGGACUUCCAAUGCUUUGGAAAUUCUCAGCAAAUAUGAUAUAAUAGUAGAUGCAACAGAUAAUGCUCCUACCCGUUACAUGAUCAGUGAUUGCUGUGUGGUACUAGGAAAGCCUCUUGUAUCAGGUGCUGCACUGGGAUUGGAAGGACAGCUCACCGUCUACAAUUACAAUGGUGGUCCUUGCUAUCGAUGCCUCUUUCCAACUCCACCACCUGCAACAGCAUGCCAAAGCUGUGCUGAUGGUGGAGUUCUAGGAGUAGUUCCUGGUAUAAUUGGCUGUCUCCAAGCUCUCGAGGCUAUUAAGAUUGCAGCUUCUGUUGGUGAACCACUCUCAGGAAGGAUGCUUCUCUUUGAUGCGUUGUCUGGACGGAUUCGUAUUGUCAAAAUUAGAGGAAGGUCUAUGCUAUGUGAAGCUUGUGGAGAAAAUGCAACGUUUACCCAGCAGCAAUUCCGAGAAUUCGAUUACGAGAAGUUCACUCAGACUCCCUUGUGUGUGCCUCCUUUGAAGUUAAAUCUACUUCCCACUGAAUCAAGAAUCAGCAGCAAUGAGUACAGUGAAAUAAUUCAUAACAAGGAACCACAUGUGCUGGUUGACGUUAGACCAGCUCACCAUUUUAAGAUUGUCUCUCUCCCUAAGUCUUUGAACAUUCCACUCUCAAAUUUAGAGGCUAGGUUGCCUGAAAUAUCAUCAGCUUUGAAGAAAGAGGAAGAGGACACAGGUGUUGUUUCUGGAUCAAGUGCGCAAUUAUAUGUAGUGUGCAGAAGAGGAAAUGAUUCUCAAAGGGCUGUUCAAAAUCUUCAGAAAAUUGGUUUCACUUCUGCCAAGGAUAUUGUUGGGGGCUUAGAGUCUUGGGCUCACAAUGUGGAUCCUAACUUCCCUACAUAUUAGCUGAUCUGUUUAGCUCUCUAGUUAAAUUUUCAUCAAGUUAUACUCCUGAUUUGAAAUGAUUUCUUUUUUAUAUAUUAUCAGGGAUGCUGCUUUCAUUUUUCCAUGGCCAUUCAUAUUAUUCUCGUUUCUUAUUCUUGUACUAUAUAGAUGUUACUAUGGGCCUUGAAUUAUGCAAGGGUAAGGCUGCGUACAAGAUUUUUUCUACUUCACACUUGCUAGUCGGGUUUAACGGGGAGUGAUUUAUUGAUUACAGUUUAAAAUUUCAAAUGUAUUCCCGAUGUAGCUAGAACUUGCACUUUCAGGAAUGAGUUGCU